AUGCUCGACUUAUGUGUACAUGGUAUGCCUAUGCCCAAGCAAAAGAAGGCUGAAGCUAAUUCACCGCGAUAUAAAUUAAUGACAGUAGAUCAAGCCGAAUCCCAACAAAUAUCCGAGUUAGGCUUGGCUUCGACCGCAGCUACAAAUCACGUAUACCAUAGCAAAGAAAGAGACAGAUUGACUUGGAUUGAUCCUAUGAAACUAUAUCACAAAAACGAAGUGAAAAAAGAGCAUAAAACAUUUCUUUCACACGUCAAGAAUAUGAAACAAUUAAGUCUUGCCGACGUAACCGGGGCGGUAAAGUUAACGAAAAGUCCAAGUGGUAAGAAAGAUCUUUACACCGCUGUCACAAAAAAGGAAUACUAUCAACACAUGCCUAAAAGUCGCCCAGCUACUUCUCCAUCUAAACGGAAAAUGGUCUGA